ACUUGCUAACCUGCACUACACUGCAUAGCGCAACUUGUCAUGCGUGACUCACAAAACUCCUAGGCUUGUGUUGCAAAAUCCCCAUCCUAACUCUGGCGUGGGUGCGUUUUUACUCAGGAUAUGAAGGGGUUCGUCUUUAGCUACCUGGCCACGUCCAUCGACUUCGCGCUGAAGUUCUACCAGGUGUCCGGGCCGCGGAUCCAGAUCUACAAGGCCGUCACGCUGGCGCCCUGGGCGCUCAAGCCGCUGUUUGGCGUGCUGUCGGUAGCGCACGAUUUCAUGUUCCAGCAGCAUACAAUCCGCAAGGCAGGAACUAAGGGACCACGCAAGAGUCCCACGUCAACACGAGUGGCUUGGGGGUCGAUCAGGUUGCAACAGUCAUGCGCCGGCCAGGUGCGUAAAUCAGACGGCCGCAAAGUAUUAUGCACCUGUGUGCUCGUGCGGCAUCUGAAUGUAGAAAAGAUGACGCAGGUGCCCGGCUAG